AUGGGGGGAAGUGGGGGAUUGGACGGGGGGGCGUGGGGGAUUGGACGGGGGGGAGUGGGGCAUUGGAUGGGGGGAAGUGGGGGAUUGGAUCAGGGGAAGUGGGGGAUUGGAUGGGGGGAAGUGGGGGAUUGGAUCGGGGGAAGUGGGGGAUUGGAUCGGGGGAAGUGGGGGAUUGGAUCGGGGGAAGUGGGGGAUUGGAUCGGGGGUAGUGGGGGAUUGGACGGGCAGGUGUGGUGGAAAGGAAAGGGUAGUGCGGGGAAGGACGAGGUGGAGGGGGGGAAAGGGAGGGUAGGACUGGGGGACAGGGAGGGUGUUUGGGGUGAGGAAAGGGGGAAAGAGAAUGACCAGGGUGGUGAAGGGGGUGAGGAAAGGGGGAAAGAGAAUGACCAGGGUGGUGAAGGGAGUGAGGAAAGGGGGAAAGAGAAUGACCAGGGUGGUGAAGGGGGUGAGGAAAGGGGGAAAGAGAAUGACCAGGGUGGUGAAGGGGGUGAGGAAAGGGGGAAAGAGAAUGACCAGGGUGGUGAAGGGGGUGAGGAAUGGGGGAAAGAGAAUGACCAGGGUGGUGAAGGGGGUGAGGAAAGGGGGAAAGAGAAUGACCAGGGUGGUGAAGGGGGUGAGGAAAGGGGGAAAGAGAAUGACCAGGGUGGUGAAGGGGGUGAGGAAAGGGGGAAAGAGAAUGACCAGGGUGGUGAAGGGGGUGAGGAAUGGGGGAAAGAGAGUGCGCAAGGUGUAGAAAGGGGUGAGCAGGGUGUAGAAAGGGGAGAAGAGAAUGACCAGGGUGGUGAAGGGGGUGAGGAAAGGGGGAAAGAGAAUGACCAGGGGGAAGUGGAGGCGACGGGAGGGGGAAGUGGAGGCGACGUGAGGGGGAAGUGGAGGCGACGGGAGGGGGAAGUGAUGGCGACAGUAGGGGGAAGUGGAGGCGACGUGAGGGGGAAGUGA